AUGAAGAAAUCAUUGACUUUUAUAAGUAUAUGUCUCCCAGACCUGAAGAAGAGAGAAUGCGGAUGGAAGUGGUGAACAGGAUAGAAAACGUUAUAAAAGAACUCUGGCCUAAUGCAGAUGUGCAGAUAUUUGGAAGUUUUAAAACUGGUUUAUAUUUACCUACAAGUGAUAUUGAUUUAGUUGUGUUUGGAAAAUGGGAGACAUUACCUCUUUGGACCCUGGAAGAAGCUCUUAGAAAGCACAAUGUAGCAGAUGAAAACUCAGUAAAGGUUUUAGAUAAAGCAACUGUACCUAUUAUUAAACUGACAGAUUCCUUCACUGAAGUAAAAGUUGAUAUAAGCUUUAAUGUACAGAACGGGGUUAAAGCAGCCCAGCUCAUCAAAGAUUUUAUCAAGAAAUAUCCUGUGUUACCGUAUCUAGUUUUAGUAUUGAAACAGUUCCUGUUGCAGAGGGACCUUAAUGAAGUAUUUACAGGUGGAAUCGGUUCUUAUAGUCUUUUUUUAAUGGCUGUCAGUUUCCUUCAGCUGCAUCCCAGGGAAGAUGCCUGUAUGCCCAAUGCCAACUACGGUGUUCUUUUAAUAGAGUUUUUUGAAUUAUAUGGACGUCACUUCAAUUAUCUGAAGACUGGAAUCCGAAUAAAGGAUGGUGGCUCUUAUGUUGCCAAGGAUGAAGUGCAAAAAAGCAUGCUGGAUGGCUACAGACCAUCAAUGCUGUAUAUCGAAGAUCCGUUACAGCCAGGUAAUGAUGUUGGGAGGAGUUCCUAUGGUGCCAUGCAAGUGAAACAGGCUUUUGAUUAUGCCUAUGUUGUUUUGAGCCAUGCAGUUUCCCCAAUAGCUAAAUAUUAUCCUAACAACGAAACAGAAAGUAUAUUAGGUAGAAUAAUUAGAGUAACGCAAGAAGUGGCCACAUACAGAGACUGGAUAUCAAAACAGUGGGGAAUGCAAAGCAGGACAGAGUCUUCAUGUAAUGGUAAUGGAGUAACCUUGAUAGUAGAUACUCAACAGCUGGACAAAUGCAACAAUAAUCUUGCUGAAGAGAAUGAAGCACUGGGGAAACCUAGAAAUAAAACUUCAGAAACACUUAGUAAACAUUCUUCAAAUUCUUCAUCAGGUCCUUUAUCAUCAUCAUCGUCUACACUGUCCAGCUCUAGCGAUGUAGAUUCUGAUGGAACACCUUGCAAAACCUCUAAACAAUUGAGUUGUCGUCAGUCCACCACAAGCAGAGUGGGGUCACAAGAAGUGUCACUGGAAUCCUCCCAGUCAAGUGGGAAAACACAAAAUAGCCAAACAGCCAAUACAUCCAGCAACACGAACAAAUCUCAGCAUGGAUCUGCACGGUUAUUUCGCUCUUCUAACAAAGGCUUCCAAGGUCCAACAAACUCAAGCCACGGUACCUCAGUCACAAACAAACAACAUCAAGGCAGCAAAUCACACCAUCAGUUUUUCCACGGCAAAAAGAGGAAACAUAAGAGGGAUGCAGCCCUUUCAGACCUGUGUAGAUAGUUGCCUAUUUUAUGACUGUUCUUCUGUGUGCAAUGAUCUCAUGCUACAGGAUAGUUUGAUAGUGACUCCUUGGAUCUCUUCCGGAGCUUCAGACUGUUCAGACAUUGAUUAGCAACUGCAUUUUUUUUUUCCCAGCUCGCCACGGAACGGAUCAUGAAGAUUGAUCACUGCAAAAAAAAAAAACAAAAACAAAAACAAAAAAAACCAAAAAAAAAAAAAAGGAAAAAAAAAAAAGAAAAAAAUUUAAAAAGAAAAAAUUUUUUUUAAAAAAAAGAGGAAAAAGGCUGCUCAUUUGAUAAGUCAUAUGCUACAACAGGGUCAUUUAGGAUAUAAAAGCUUGAAUGUAAAAUAAAUGUAUUUCCCAUCAGCUCAUGCUGACCUGUAGAGGUAGUACUCAGUGUGUCUAGGGGGUGGUAACAAACAAGUAAAACACAAAAAAAUAGGAAAAAAAAAAAAAGCAAAAAAUUGUAUUUUGAGGGAAACCCAGCCUUUAAAGGUGAAAGUAAUUUGUGCAUGAUUUUUUUUAUUAUUUUUGCAUAUACUUACCAUUUUAUUGUGUAUAUAUAGAUGACCAUAUAGGAAAACUGAUAUUUGUAAUAGUGGAUUUGUUAAUACUUUUUACAUAACAUUACUGUUUAAAUUGUAAACAUAAAUUUUUCUCAGGAUUAGUUUGGAAAAUAAUCUGAAUUGUCAUCUUAACAUCCAUAUAAAGAGACAUUACUAGUUACAUUGUUCAGAAUUUCUUUUCUUGGCAUUUAAAAGAUUUAAUAGUACAUUUGAUCUGCAAAAGCUGUUCCUCUGAAAGAAAGGUUUAUGGUGGCAAAUGAAGUUUUUCAUUUGUAUAAAGUGUACAUGUACUUUGUGUAGACACUGAGCUCGUCAUCUCGGAGAAGUAACCUUCACCUUGUUUUCCAGAGUGCCAUCAUUUCAGGCAAUGGGGUUUUAUAGUUGCAUCCUUCUCUUCUUCCCCUUAGUGGUCUUUCCCCAACCCUUUCUUUUUUUAAAAGAAAUACAAAGCCACUUGGGGGGAGGUUGUUUGGUUGGUGGUGGUGAUUGUUUUCUUUUUUUUUUUGGUUUUAAAAAAACAAACACUUGUUACAGACGUUUGCAUUCCUGGGCUGCUUUAAUCCAAUGCCUCUUUGUUUGUGCCUUCCCUCCCCCUUCCAGGUCUGGGUUUUUUUGUCUUUUAUAUUUUUGCUAACUCCUGUAGGAGAUGAUAACUGUUGAAGCUUUAAGUAAAUUUUACGAUUAAAAUAUUUUUUCUCACUCCCCUCUUAGGCAUUUUUAUAUUUACACUUAAUUAUUUAAAAAAACCAAAACAACUUCAGAUAAUGAAAUAUAUUUUGUAUUGCCUUAAAGACCCAAACCUUUCAUAUCUCAUAGUAUUUCUUCAUUGACCUAGUCAUCAUUUAAUUUAAACUCCACAUUUGUCUGGUUCACUCACAUUACAGGUCUAGGUUGUAGUAACUUUGAUGCCAUGAAUGCGAAUUAAAUGUGUAAUUACACCCACAGGCAUAGCUUGGAACAGGAGUUGGGACACUUCAGUGGUAGAAAGUUAAGUGGCAUUUACUUUCACAUGUUUCUUUAAAGAGGAAAGUCUGUACUCGGCAUACAUGGCUGUAUUUAAUGCAGCUGUUCUGGAGAUGAUGCUUUUAUAAAAAGUACUAUUAGCUUUUAGAUAUUUUUUUUUGGUAUACAUUUACAGAAUACUACAGACCAACCUGACCUUUAAUGGGCACUAAUGAGUGCAAUGAUUUUUAAAGUUAAAUAAUUUUAAAAUAAGACCAGAACUGAUGUCAUCACUUAAAUUAAUAAACAUUUUCAAUGUGUUAAAGUGUUUUACUUCAAAAAGGAAAAAAAAAAAAAAACAAAAUAAUGGAAAGUCAUAACAUUUACUCAAACACUAAGCUUAAGUGAUGUUAAUUUGACAAUUAAAAAAAAAUUUUUAGAUUCAUAUUUUAAUUUGAUCAGAUAAUUUUAUCAACAAGAUAUUGAGCUUUUGUUCAUAGAAACUAGUAAAAGUUGCACCACAUUAUGCAUAAUCUCAGUAUUUAUUUUGUUUUAGAUUAUUGUGAAUGUGUAGACUUAUGUUCACCGCUUAGGGAACAAUUAUUUAUAAAUUAUAUUAAUCCAGUAUUGUUAGCUGCUAUUAGCAAAACUGUUCCAAAACUUAAUAUUUGCAAAGAUCUGUAUCGCAUUUACCACACUGAAGUGUUUUUAAAAGAAUCACCCUCAUUGUUGAAAGCAAAUGUACUCUUAGGGUGCAGAUAUUAGUGUUCCAAUAAGCAUGUGAUAAUUUUAAGGUGGUGGUAGCGGGAAGAUAAUCUUGAUUCCAUUGGGAAUCUUAGGUUUGCCUCAAUUUAUGGUUUUCAUAAAUUUAAUGGAAAAUAGCUUUUCCUGGACUGCUCAAGUUUCUUUUUGGUAAACAGUAUGAAAAAAAAAAAAAAAAAA